CGAAUUUACAUUUCCCAUGAAACUGUCAGAGAUAUAUCUGUUUCAUAUUUUAUUAUCCGGUGUUGAAUUUUUCAACGCACAUCAAGUCAGUACCCACACUCUAUGGAUACCAUCUGGCAAAAUACUUUAUUUGCCGUGUUGGUUGAAGCAAAUUCAGGAAGGAAAUAUAAAUGACUGGCUGGAAGGGAAUAGACAACUGAAAGAGAGAAGUAUGCCUAAUACUAUAACAGUAUGGUUCAACAGAGGAGGAGAGGUAAUUCAUGUUGGUGAAGUGUUAACUAUCUACUUGCCCUUAACUGGAGUCAGCGAAGUACCUGUGGUACAGAAUGCUCUCAAGAAUGAAGGUAUACCAGGUGUAGAAAUGAAUUUGGAGCCAAAAUACAGUGAAACACUUGCGGGAAUCAAACAACUUCUGUUCACUCAUGAAAUGGAAAUUGUCACGUGUGCAGCUAUUAGAUCGACACCAAUAAUUGGUGUUGAAAACAAAUGGGCUUUCUUUCAACGUGAUAGUACAAUUGUUAGGCAAGCACAAUUUGCUUUCCACGUUUACACUCCACCAAUCAUAGUAUGGAGCUAUGCACUUGAAGCACUUUCCAAAGAUCUAAUAACAGAGAAAAACCUUACACAAACAUUGACUAAUAUAAAACACUGGUGUACAUCAAAAGUAAAUAUAGCCGAAUAUAAGUUAAGUCCUUGUCAGGAUAUAGUAGUACAGGUGUUGCCACUGACCUCACUCAAGAAACCAACUGAUUCUUUGCUAGUUGAAUUACCGAAAAGUACAUUCACAGAAAUAUCAAUACUUAUUGAACUAUCACAUGAACCGAUCUUCUUAUUAUUAAGUCCUGCAGGAAGUCAUUUUAACUAUAUUCACGCUACUCUAAAAGCGGAAAUGGACGAACUCAUUAAAAGAUCAGUAAUAAAGGACAUUUUAUUUACACCCGAAAUCGCCACUCGCAUACGAGUAGUCUGUCCACCAGGUAGUCAUACGUAUCAGCCACCACCUUUGUUCAAGUCAUUCACUCCUAGUGAGCAUGAUGAAUCAUUAUUCGAAAACUCAUCAGCAUAUCCACUAACAAAAUGGUCACUCGUAUGCCAUCCAUGUCCUCCAGGUCAUGCUCCUCAAACUCCAUACGCAUUUAGUGGUUGUCACUUGUGUCCUAAGGGUUACUACUCAGGUGAAACGAAUUAUCCGUCAAGUGGAGGAUGCCUGCAAUGUCCCAUUGGCUUUACUACGGAUAACAUAGGCGCGAAGUCUGUCAGAGAAUGUCAUGUGGAUGGAGGAGCUAUAUCUCGUCUGAUAAUUGGAAUCUUCAUCAAUGUAUGGAAAGAAUUUGAGCAAUUUUUGAUUGAUAAUUCGAGAAAAGACUUUACUACUAGAGCGGGAGAACAAAUCCAGGAAAAUUACUGGGUUUCGAAGAAAAAAAUUGGUUUGCCUGUAUGGAUCUUUCUGAGUUUAUAUAUCUUGACAGCUUUAUGGUUGUCAUCAAUAGCUGUCUAUCGGAUGCGUCUUUACAUCAAACUACGCAGAAUGUAUCAAGCGCAGUUUAGAUUACUUUUAAAAUCAGCUUUAGUGGGACAAAUAAAUGUAGUUCUUCGAAAUAAACAACAAAUAAGAAGCAGUAAUAAUGUCACUUGAUAAGGAAUACAACCAGUGAAGCAAUCAUUACAACGAUGCAAAAUUAAUGCUUCAUGUUGUACAUUUAUAAAGAAAAUAUAAUAUUUCAGAGCAAA